AACAUGGGGUUCUAAUUGGUGGUAAACCAGGACAUGACAGUCGAGGAGUUACGAAUGAAGUUGUCGGCUGCUCGGACUCUGAGAAAUCAGACCCUGACCCUGAAGUGUCUGAAAUAAGAUUCUCUAAUUUUCUCUGCGAGGUCGAAGUAUGA